AUUUCAAGAUGGCAGCACAAAUUAGUCAGAAGGAGUAUCUUAAAAAAUAUCUGAAUAUUGGAUCUGAUAAGAAGAAAACAAAAAAGAAAAAGAAGAAAGCCGAAGUUGCAUCAAAGUUUCCAAGAACCCGUAUUUUGGAUGAUGACAUUGAUCUAAAAAGUCUUAUUUCAAAGGAGAAUGAGUCAGGUGAGGAAGAAAAAGAAGAUGCACCUGUUGUAGCUGAGAUCAUCGAUGACAGACCUGAAAGUCUCAAAAGGAAUGACUUUUUUAAAAGUUCUCAAUGGAAAAUUGUAGGGUCCACAGGAGAUAUCUAUCAGCCAUUAGAAAGUGUGGAAGUAAAAUCCUCUGCCACCAUCAAACAAAAAGAAACUGUCAGAUCUGAACAUUCAUCUCCAUCCAAAGUUAGAAGCAUUGGUCAGUCUAACAGAAGUAGCUUAGAUAGUGAUAAGCCAUCAUCACGACCAACCAGUACACAGACUAAAAGAAGACACGACUCUGAUAGUGAUCAGUCUCCACCACGAUUGAGUGUACAGUCUAAAAUAAGACGUAAUUCUGAUUGUGAUCAGUCACCACCUAGAUCGAGUUCACAGACUAGAAGAAGGCACGACUCUGAUAGUGAUCAGUCACUUUCUCGGGUACCAGAAGUGACGCAGAACAAAAAAAGACAGAUUUUAGAGAGUGAGAAUAAGAUCAGUAAAAGAAACAAAAAAGGAAAAAAUAUUAAUGAGGAGAAUUUUGAAAAACAGAGAAGUAGUGAAACUUCUCAGUCCAGGACAAAGCCAAGACACGGUUCUGGUAGUGACCAGUCUCCCCCUAGACUUAAAGAAAGACAUGAUACCAACAGCCCAUUAUUGUCUCCAAAACAUUCAGGUAAAGAAAGUUCCAGGAAGGCUGAGGAUGUCAGUUUAAAGAAUGGAGUAAAGGAAAAAGGACGACUUGAUCUAACACUUUCGGGUAUGAAGGCUGGUUUACAGGAUGCAACUUGUCUAAAAGAUGAGAUCAGAGAAUUCAAAAAACAUGAAGAUGAAAUGAUGAAGAUGAUAGGGGAUAAAAUGUCUGGUAAAGGAGCAGAAACUAUUUUCCGAGACCGCGCUACGGGAAAAAAACGAGAUUUAAAGGAAGAAAAGCGAAAACAGCGUCAAGAGGAGCAAAAGAAAGCAGAAGUAGAAGAAAAAUAUAUGGAGUGGGGGAAAGGAUUAAAACAAAAGGAACAGCAACAUUUACGUGUUGAAGAAGACUUGUAUGAAAUGUCUAAGCCUUUGGCCAGAUAUGUUGAUGAUCCUGAUUUGGAAAGGGAACUUAAAGAACAGGAACGAGAAGGAGAUCCAAUGCUGGCUUUUAUAAGAAAGAAGAAAAGCAAGGAAAAGGGAAAAAGCACAAGUCGACCGAUUUACCAAGGCCCUCCUCCUCCACCAAAUCGAUUUGGAAUCAUGCCAGGAUAUCGGUGGGAUGGAGUGGAUCGAUCCAAUGGUUUUGAAAAAAGAUGUUUUGAAAAAGUGGCAAGCAAAAAAGCUUUAGAUGAAGAAGCGUACAAAUGGAGUGUUGGAGAUAUGUAAAUUAAAACAAAUUGUAUAUAAAUUAUCAUGCAUCACAAUGGAUUUCAAAUAAACCAUCUUGCUUUUAA